AAUGGAAAUUACGCUUUCAAAAUAUGUGUCAUAGCUAAAUGCCAAAAACAAUGACAUGCUUUCAUAUCCAGAUUACGCCAAGAAGUCCCAAAGUUAGUCUGCAGAAUCUGCCUGUGCCCCAUGAAGUUUCUUGGUCCAAGAACCCAGCAGGCAGAUAAAGGACAAAGUUAUGGGGGAACUUGAAAGAGUGUUAGAACAAUAUCCUAAGCUUUGAACACACACAGACACUCUCCAUCCAGUCCAACUGAGUUGGAUUUACCUUCCAAUAAGAUUGGACAAAGCUGUAAUUGACAUGAUCAAAUUUCAUGUUCAUGUCAUCUAAUUGGCACUAAAUAAAAAUGCACAUCGUACCUUUCUGAUUAUUUGUAAAAACAGAAGAAAAAAAAAAUGCAUUCAAAGCUGUUCAUUGUUUUUCUUCCGUUUCACCACUAUGCUCUCUUACGGAUAAAUAACUUUGCCGUUUUUCCUGAGAAAGUGAAGCUUUCUCUCCUGCCACUUGGUGCUGACAGAGUAGCAAUGUCCAUGAAUGGGUCGAUCCUUUAUCUCCUGGGAUUCAGAGGCGCUUCAAGGGCCCCGAGACCUUGACUGUCUGCAAAACAUGGCUGAAUUGGUGAGAACCUGAAGGGAGUAGCGUCUCUGUAGGGAAUCUGUUUCCUCCGUCUGCUACAAUUUCAGAUACUCCAUAACCAGAACUGUUUCACAGGAUAGCGUGAAUGGUAGUGCUUUUCUUUAAUCUCCUUAUUUUUUGGUAAUGUUUAAUUAAUCAAAUGAUGUUAAUUUUUUUUUAAAUUCACUUCUGGAUCUUCCAAAAGGAGAAAUAUAUUCUUUAUAAAUCAAUGCCUUAAUUGGCAUCAUUAGUAAGAGAAAACUUUUGAUGCACUACUAUUAAAUUUUAAUCCUGUGUUUAAAACUAUUAAUAGAUUUGCAAACUUUCUUUAAACUCCGUUUAGGCUAUGCUGUGUUAAAAAUGUUGCGUUUUCUGUAAAGUGCUCCGUAGAAUUGUAGAUGUAAUUUUUCAACACUUGCAAGCUAUGUUGUGUGCUAUUAGUUGGCAGUGUUAGCAGAGAAAACGACAUCUAAUGGUCCACCAUUAAUCUGUGUUUGUUUCCAGUUAAAUCCUCCCUUUAUGCUUGUUUUUGCUCUGACUUCUCAAAGUUAAAGAUGUUCAACAAGCCACCCCAACCUGCCUUCUGCCUUCCUGAGUGGUGAACAUUUCAAAUCCUCAAGGACACAUCAGCCGUCUUUUUUUUUCUUUUUUCUGUUUUAAUCAUUUCAGUGCCCCACUCCUCUGUUAGUGAGAAGAAAAAGGUGGGAGGAUGUUACUCCCAUCCGCCAGAGCUUGACCCAAACUAAACAGGCAGCUCAGAGACGUCUGACCGCACAGGUGUCCUCGCGGGCAAAGUGAAACAUGUUCUUGUUGAUCCUGCUCUGGAGCAGCUUUGGUCCUGCAGCAACAGUUUCUGCAGCGCGUCAGGAUGACCCCUGCUUUGUGGACGACUUGGUGGCGGCUCUCCAUGACGCCACGGGGAAAGACGGUGAACUUCUAGCCGGCAGCCCGGCUUCGUUUGGGAUCUGCAGUGAAUCCGACAGUUCAUCCCGACCAGUCCUGUCAGAGCUCAGCGUGGGAAUACAAAGGAACGACCGAAGAGGAGUGGAGGUUUUGGAUCCGGCUGCAGUGCUUGUGUCAGACGAAGAUGAUCAGGAAAGCAUCAUGGUAACCUUUGACCUCCCACAAUCCCAAUUAUUGAAGAUGAAACCGGUGCUGGUCUUAGCAUUUAAAAGCCCCCCUACAGAUGGAGAGCUGGGCGUCACUUUCUCUAGUCAGUCUCUGCAGCCAAACACACAGUCUGCUUGCAUUUCAGCGAGGACGCUGUACAUCCUGCUAACAGGAAAAUCAUCUGAGGGAAAUGUUGAACAGAAGUGGAACAUUUCUGUUCAGGCAAAAUCCCCCAGCACGAGAGAAAACCUGAAAGACGUCCUUAUUGGUGGAAAAUCAGGAAGCGACAUUCGCCUGACCCCGCUUCUGCUUUUCUCUGCAGAAACAGGAACCGAUACGAGACAUGCAAACAGGUCGGGUUCGUCAGCUGCCUCCUCUCAGAGAACUUCUCUCUCCUUCCUGUGUGAGCUGAGACGCUUCCUUGAUGCCGGCCUGCCGCAGCAAAGCGCCGAGCCCCCUCUGCUGCGGCUCGACUCCCUGCAGGCCCUUCCUCCCCUGGCUCUUGACCUUUCCACCAGCGAGUCCCUGCUGGCGGAGAUCAUUAACUCCUCUGCCCCGACAAUCUUUUCCUUCAGCAGCUGGAGCUCCAGCUUCCCGGUCCGUCCUGGACAGCUGGCCCUUUCCCCUGCCCUGCUGGGGGAACUGGGGCAGAGGCUGGAAGCGAACGAGCGGCAGAUAAGAGAGUUGAUAAGGCAGGGAAUGGUGCCUCAAAGAGCAUCGGAGAAGCUGGAGAGGCUGAGGCGGCUCAGUGCUUUUCAGAAGCAAGAUUCGUCAGCUGAAGGAGAGAGCCAGUACUGCGCUUUCCUCCUCCUGAAGGCCCUGCAGACGGUGACCCGUGCGUACAACAUGCAGAGAAAGCUGAGGGCCGCCAGAGCAGACCCUUCAACCAGGGGCCCCAUCUGUGGGCUCGGGAGCCUCACUGUGUCCCUGGAAAAGCUUGUCUUGGGUCCCCAGAGUGCUGACCUCAACAACUGCCGCGGCUCGUGCGCGAUCCCGCUGAUCAACGGCAACAACCACGCCGUCCUGCUCACCUACCACACCGAGCAGGGCGACGUGAACGAGCGGGGGCCCUGCUGCGUGCCGCUGGCCUACGACCCCCUGGAGGUGAUAGACUGGAACGACGAGGGCAGCUUUCUCACCAGCAAGCCGGACAUGGUGGCCAAGGAGUGCGGAUGUCGCUAAAAGUGUUUCGGAAUGCCUGAGCUUUUGUUCUCCAGAGGGAAAUAAGUGUUUUGUUUUUGUUUUAUUUUUAGUUUUUGCUGCAUGAAGUAUUUAAAUAGUGCAGUAAAUUCAUAUUAUUUACAUAGAUUUCUUUAGAUUUUACUUUCAAGUAAAUGUUGCACGAUGCACGUCAUAUAUAUUAUUAUUUUUUGUCUUAAAAAGCACAGUCAAAGAUAAUUAAAUAGUAGUUAAAUGAUAACGCAUUAAAAACACUGUCUUCAAAGCCA